AUGGGGUGCAGUAAAAGGUCCUGCUUGCGAGACAGUUUUGCAUUGGAGCUACGAAACUUAAAUGUACAUAGUUUUAGAGGGUCUAUAAUGCAAAAAGAAAGCUGCUAUAACCUUUUAGAACCUGUCAUUGUUACAGUAGAAUAUCCAUUCACUCCUCCGAGGUCAUUUUAUUACCAAUGCAAUGCCACAGCAAUUAGCUUGGCUUUUAAGAGUGACCCUCUAGGUAAAGGGGUGCUCAUUAACCCACAGAGCUUGUACCUCGGGACCUGCAAUCCCUCCAGCACCACCGUCCUGAAAGGCUACUUUGUCUUUGAGUACAGUUUAAGAGACUGUAGUUUUGCUUUUGUGAAGUAUGACAACAUUGACACUUAUAAUGUAAGACUGAUGUACAUACCCCCUAAUGAUUCACCGCUAUUGCCCAAGCAAUUUGAGGAGAUGAUAAACUGCACAUUCAUCAGGAUUCCACGCCCCACCCCGUAUCCAGUUACACAGAUCGUGUCUAAGCUGUCUGGAGUGGGGAAUCUCAUGUUCACUUAUCAGAUAAUGGAAGAUGACUUCUCUCAACCAAGUAGUAAAAAGGUGUUUGUGCUGGGUUACCCAAUAUCUAUUCAGCUUUCUGUACAAACAUCUGGUCACCUACCACUGCAGAUAUAUGUGGAUUACUGUACUGUGGCUCCUACACGUAACCUCAGUGAGGCAACAAGGACCUACAGCUUGAUAAACAACCACGGGUGUUUUAUAGAUGGAAAGGAAGCCUCUUCUGUUUUUGUUAAGCGUCCCUCUCCAGGGGUCAUCAGAUUAGUCUUCCAGGCUUUCCAAUUUCUGGAUUUCGAUACAGAUCUUUUUCUCCACUUCAGUCUUGUUGUCUGGGACCCUUUAAUUCUGACUGACCCCAGCAAAAAGGCUUGUUCUUUUAUCCGGAACUCUAAUAGGUGGGAGCUCUUGGAUAACCCAGCUAUCAGUUCUCUGUGCAGAUGUUGUGAUACAAACUGCAAGUCCCGUAAGAGGAGAGAUAUUCAAGGUGAAGUGCAAAGUGAUGGUCUGGUGCACAAUGUUGUGCUGGGACCCAUCCAGAUUCGGAGUUCAUAUUUAAUUGGAACUUAUGAAUGGAAGCAGAAUGAAUCCAGGGUAACUGAAUCUGAAUCCAAGGUUACUGAAUCAAAAUCGGAUGUCACUGUUCCUCCAGUGGUUGGAGCGCUCAUCAUUGAAGUGGUUGCAUUGAUGAUAGUGUUAAUAGGUGUUGCAUUGUACAGUCGCAAAGCCAUGAAGAACUCUGAGACUGAAUCAACUUGGCUUGUAGCUCCAGACAACUCUGAAAGUUCUUGAUGUAAUGGAUCAUAAAUAAAAUAUUUUGAAUAUAAA